CACACGGACUUUAUUCCGCCGCGCCUCAGGCGGAAGUGAAGAUGGAGGCGUUGGUUUUUAUCGUGUCGCUGGUUGAUUGCUGUAGCUUGAUUUUCAUGGCGGUUUAUUUUAUUAUCACCUUGUCGGAUUUAGAAUGUGAUUAUAUAAAUGCCCGAGCUUGCUGCUCCAAACUGAACAAGUGGAUACUGCCCGAGCUGGUAGCUCUAGGAAUUGUUACUGUGCUGAUGUUCGUCGCCAUGCAUUGGUUCAUAUUCCUGCUCAAUCUACCAAUAGCAGCCUGGAAUCUUUACAGGUACUUGGCAGUCCCCUGUGGUAAUGUGGGUGUCUAUGACCCAACCGAGAUUCACAAUCGUGGACAGCUCAAGACUCACAUGAAGGAGGCGAUGAUUAAACUAGGAUUCCACUUAUUGUGCUUCUUCAUUUAUCUGUACAGUAUGAUCCUGGCCUUGAUAAAUGACUGACAUCGUUUGUGGACUUUCCUACAUGGUUGUACAAAUACAGGCACAGGACCGUCGCUCCCACUAACUUCUGUUCAGUUGGAAGUUCUCAAGUAAUAAGAGAAGGAGGAUGCAUCAUGCAGUUUAUUUUUUGGACAUGAUUCAAAUGUGUUUUGAGAUUAUUUUUUAAACAAUAAAGUUACUGUUUAAAACUAA